AUGUCCAAUGAUACCACAUUUGAUAAUACCUUACCUUCAAUAAACAAAGUAAAAACAAAUCAAAAUUUAUCAGGGUCCCAAAAUGAAAUAGCAUCUUCUGGAAAAAAUAUUUUUGACAAUAGUUAUGACCAUACUAAUAAUGAUGUGAAUGAUACAACUAGCUCAUAUCUUGACAAAAAUAUUUCAAUAAGUAAAAUUAUGACUUCCCCUCUUCGACAACCUCUACAUGAACCAUCAUAUGCAAUGGAAGACAAAAUAAUCUCUACUCCCAAAAAAUUUGAAUCAAACAAAUCAACUAACAUAACAACUCCAGUUAUUAAAGAAUUCAAAAAUAGGGAAAAAAACAACGCUGAAGAAACUGAAAAUUUGACUAACCAUCCUUAUCAAGGUAGACUCUAUAAUGUCAGAACACCUGACCUGAAUAGAAUUAUCAAAUUUAGGAAAUCAUAUGCAUCACCUAGGCAAAACCUUUUAGAGAAAUUUAAAGCUCAACAAGAAGAUAGUGAUUUUGAUGAAACUUUGUCUUCACAAGAAAAUACCAGCUCGGAAACUCACUCUACAAUAGUAGACAGUAAUAAAAAAACUAUUCCAUAUGUAAACAAUACAACUGUGCCAGACAUAAAUGAUAACAUAGAAACCAUACCAACAACAAAUGAUAAAUCUAUUAGUAGCAUAAAGUCUUUUGAUAAAAGCCAAUUCAAUAUUGAUGAACAUGUUUCUAAUAAACUUGAAGAAAUUUCUUUCAAAUCUUCAUCAAAAACAUGCUCUUCUGUAGAAACAAAAGAUGAUAUUGCAUCUACUUUACAGCACAAAAAAAAGCAACAAAAUAUAACUAAAUAUCACCAAUUAUUACUAGACACUAAAAAUAUCAAAAACACAGAAAUUAAUAAGCAAAGGCUCUCUUCUCCACCAAAAAACUCAAUAAUAUAUUCAGUUGAAUCUAAACAAAGUCAGUCACAAACUAAUGACUGUAAAACAUCUUCUAUAAUACAAAACCAAAGUAAUGGAACUAUAGUAUUUGACUCACAAACUAAUGCUUUCCUUUCUUCAAAUAGAAUUCAAAAUAGGAAAGAUCUAGGAGAUACUCAAAUUAUUGCGUCUACUUUGACCUUCUCUUUGGAUAAUAAAUACAAUAAACUCUUAAAUUUCCAAAAAGAUUUGAAUUAUAUAAACGAGCAAGAUGAAUUAAUCCAUGAUAAAUCAACUGAUCAAGAAGAAACCCAGUCUGUUUGCUCCAAAAACAAUCAUAAUACCUCAAUUGUAGAAACACAACCCAUAAUUUAUUCCCACUCGAGUUCUACAAAACAAGAUGAGUCCAUUAAAGAUAACAAUCAAUUAGAAAUAAAAUCCAUUGUUAUAAGUGAAAAUGCAAAUGACAUUUCCACACAAUCAUUUCAAGAUAGCCUUGAUAAAAUUGACAUGAGUUAUUCUCAAAAUAAAGAAAUUUCAAAUAUUGAAAUUCCUCGAACAAGUUCCCCAGAGAAAAAGCACAGCCAAUCAAAACUUAUGAAUGCUAUUUUUCCCUCAGAAGAAGAUGAAAACGAUAUUUUUAUAAAUAAUCGCAAUACUGUAAAACUUGAAGUCUCUAGGGUUCCAAAUUAUGGAAUAAUACGAAAUGAUUUGGAUACAAUUAAUUCCAAUCAUGAAAUAAUUAAAAGUGACCUCGACGAAAGUGAAGAUUUAUCUGAAAUAGAUGAUUACUCUGACUAUAUUCCUACAGAUAAUGAAAGUUCCAUUCCAUACCAAAAUAUUUUUACAAAUGUUUUUAAACCUGAUAGAAAUACCAAUAAAUUAAUUACAAAUUUUCAACAUGACAAAAUGUCACAAAAUGAAUUGACUACUCAGAAUACAGAUAUUGAUGAUUCGCAAAGAAUUAUUAUUAAGAGAAGAUCUACUAAAAGACAUUUAGAAACGAUAGAACUAAGUGAUGGAGAAGAGAAUGACAGUGCAGAGAUAUCAUUCUACAAAAAAUCAACAUUAAUGAAUAAUUCUAAAAAAAAAUAUAUUUGUAAUAAAGACAAUAACAAUAAUACUGCAGAGUACCCCAAUGAUUAUAGAACAGCUGAUGCAGAAUCUUUAACUAAAAAAGAUAUUCACUUUAAAAACGCUAUCUGGUGUCAAUAUGACGUAGAUCUUAAAUAUUAUCCCGGGAUUCUUUUAAAUACAGAUGAAACAAAUGGGACUUGCUUGGUUCAGUUUGUCUCUGGAAAAUAUACAGGUAAAUUAAAAGAUAUAUCAUAUCUAGACAUUCAAGUCGGUGAUGAAGUACAGGAUGAAAAUAAUAUAUCCUACAGAAUAUGUGGAUUACAGUGUUUGAAACCAAAUCCAAAUACCAUUAGAUGUAUACGAGGAUAUGACACAGUUGUACUCAGAAAAACUGGCCAUCUUCAUAAUGGAGAACAUUUGUUAAAAGCGUUAGGUGAUAUUCGUAUUACUAUAGAAUCAUGGGCUAAAAGAAGUAGUAUUGAAGAACGUGUAUACAACACUUUAGAAUCGUACAAUCCUCAGUAUCAAACGCAUAUCACAAAGCGACAUACAAGAGCACAAACUAUUUCUCCAACAAAAAGUAACCGUUCAAAAAAACUAAACUAUUCAGAACCUGAGAGUGAUGAGGAUAGUGAUAAUGAUGACGAUGCUGAUGACAUUAAAUCGCAAGUGAAGUGUACAAUCAGAAGACUUAUAGAAUUAUCACAAAACAUUUCCAAAUCCAACAAGAAAAUAUUUGAUCAAUGUGUGUUUGUUCUAACCGGUAUUUCAGCACUCCAAGAUAGAUUAUCCCGUUGCAUUAAAACAGGAGGUGGCACAAUAAUUAAGCAAGGGUUCAAACAGUUAUUUGAAUUUGAUAUAUUGGAACAAAGGAAUCACUUUUCUACAAUCCAUUCUCUCAAGUUAAUACUCAAAUCAAAAGUAGUUUCCAAUAAUUAUAAAUUUGCUUGUAUUCUCAGUGAUAGGCAUUCACGUAGUUUGAAAUAUUUGGAAACAUUGGCAUUAGGUUGGCCCACUUUACAUUGGAAAUUUAUUGAAGCAUGCAUAACACAUAAUGAAAUUCAUCCUACACUAAUAUAUCAGUAUCUUCUUCCUUCAGGUAUCAGUUUCAGAUUAGGAUCUGCACUUGAAAAUGGAAAACCACCUGUUUUGUCCAACAAUAUUUUUGAAUUUUAUUCUAAUUUUAUUCAAGAUACCACAAUACAAAAACAAAUCGAAAUAAGGCAAAAUGUUUUAGAAAAUUAUACAAUCAUUCUUUGUGGAAAACUGGAAUUGGAUAGUAUGCUAAAGUUCUGCUUUGCAGCAUUAGGAGUUUCUCGUUUAAUCCACACUUGUAAUAUCAAUGAUUUAAUAAAAAAAGAACCAGCUUUCAUUGACAAAAUCAUACAUAAAGAUGAUCCAGAUAUAGAUAAAGUAAUUUUUUUCAUCAAUGAAAAGGAGAAAGGAAUUACCAGUUCCUUAAAAAAUAUUAAAAGGAUAUUUCAUGAGAAGUAUGAAAAGCCUACUAUUGAAUAUCAUAUUGAAACAAAAGAAUGGUUAAUCCAAACCCUAAUCAAUAGAACUAGUGGAUUUAGUUAA